AUGGCUACUCCAUCGUCGCUUUGCUGGUUGUUGGGAGUGGAAGCUAGACAAGAUGCAGUUCUAAGAACAAUGUUAUAUGAGAAAGGUGAAGAAAAAGUGGACCCGUACGACAUAAUGGUGUUUGAAUUCACAAACAUGAUCUCAAGGCUAAGGAACGAGCUAGACAAGUGUGGUGUCAAGGAUGAAGGCCUAAUUGUACCUUUGAAGCAUAGUGCCGAGAGUCAAACCACCAGCAACGUGUUGCUGGCCGACCCAGAUUCGCUCUCUUACUCGAGAACACCGAAGGAGAUUAUGAGGAUCAUGUACGGUACCGGUGAUGAGCAUAGGCCGGAUGGGUUCUUCCCUAAGGGAGCUAAUGGGAGAAUUGCUAGAGAAUGCCUCAAUAAUAAUAAAUUCAGAGGGCUAUGA